AAAAGAGAAAAUAAUCUCAAAUAUAGUAAACUCAACCCUGAUUGAUUAAAUUUCAAUCCAAUAUUUAAUCCGUAGUCUGACCACGGGCUUUAGAAUGCAUAAAAAACACGGUCGAUAAAUAUGAGAGUGAACCUUGGCCCGAUAAAUGUAUUGCGGCGUAUCAUGCGUCAUGUACCUACAUCUUGACACUUGCUUGGCAGAGUUUCCUACGAUUGUCAAGUUCAAGUGCGUAUGUAUGUGUGUAAAGUUUCGAGUCGUUUAAUCGCGUACGGUUGAAAAAUAUCGCUCCGCGAGGGUUGGACUCUACAUUAUUGCCCCGGGGCGCCGAGGACGCGUGUCACGUUCCUGCCCGCCUUCGAUCGAGCGGAUGUUUUCUGCAAGGCUAGUGCGCGUGAAUUCGUCGGUGCAGCGUAUUCUCGUAUAAACUAGAGUUGCCGAAGCACGAAAUGUCGAAGUACUCGCUUCUCUAGGUUCGGACAUCGUCGCGAUUUCGCGGGCACUACAUGUGCUGUGACCACCAGCCACGUGGGUCGUAUUCACCGAGGAGCGACGUGCACCGCUCGACGAACGCAUGCCGUCGUGUGACAUCGCGACAUCAUCGCUCUUCGUUCUCGACAUCGCUCUCGACACGACGGGACACCGCCGCAGGAAACAUCGCCGAAAACACCGCUUGGGACCCCUGUUGACGAGCCGACGAUUCAAGACUCGAGAGGUUAUUGCUUCAGAAACGGUACCAUAUGAAUUUCAUAUGCCUGAGAAUCGCGUAUUAUUUGCGAGAGCUGACAGAGAGGGAUAAUCACGGUGCUGUGCGUCGUGAGAGCCUUGUACCUUCUCGUCAAGGGGAUCAGCAACAUGUGCGUUCGGAACCACAGAGAAUCAAAUAUCCUUCAUAAUUCUUGCACGAGAGGGAAGGCAUUUAGCAACUGAGAGGAAGAUACUCAGUUGAGGUGGAAGAUUUCAGUUGAGUAGCUGAAUACGUUGGGACUGAGAGGAUUUUCACACAAGGGCGCAACGAUAGCGACAACACAAUGUCGACACUUUGAACUGAUGAUAGGUCUGCACUGGAUGAGAAGAAGAUUGAAGAUUGAGAUUGAAUUGAAGAAUAUAUGGAAUUUCCAGGUGAAGCGACUACAAAUAAUAGAUAUUAUAUAAGAAGAAGUAUGGCUGAUACAGACACAGAAUCGCAGACAAUGAAGCAUUCAUUGCUCUCAGAACAUGUAAUUUCCAACGACUUUCAAAAGAUAUUCUCGGAGCACUGGCACAGCUUCCGUGACUUCAAGAGCACUGAUAUCGAAGUUAUCUCGAAACCUUUCAGAAUCUGCAGAAUAUCGAACUUUUUAAGAAACAAGGAGUUCCUGGAGAAAGUGAAGGACGAGCUUUUAAACAUGGAAUUUAAGCGCAAGGUAAUCGAUCUCUACCAGUUCGAGCAGUCAGCUGAUCUGAACACCGUCGAGACCGAGUACGUGAGAAAGCUGCGUGACGGUUUCCGGGACGAUGUGACUAUGUGGAUGGAGCUGAACACAGACAUCACCCUAAACGGCAAGAUCUCUAUGUCGUGCUCCAUCUAUUUCGACACGGAUCAUUUGUUGUGCCACGACGAUAACCUGGAGGAUAGAAGAAUAGCUUUCAUACUGUACGUAAUGGACGAAUGGACAGUCGAGGACGGAGGUGCCCUGGACCUUUUCGACACGGACGAGAAUGGUUUCCCGGGGAAUGUGGCUUCCUGAGGCACGACAUAUACGAAGCGAUCUCGGCCGAUCUCACGUCGGAAGAUAUUCAUUGGCGAACAGUAGGCCCCGCGGAUGAACGGCGCUAUGAGAUAGCUGACGAGCAAACCUUGCCGCACCUUUUGAAAGAAUUUUAUAACAUGUUCAAAUCCAUU